UCAACGGUAUAAACGAUGCGUUUAAACACGAGGCUUUUCUUUUUAUCAUUUCAAUUACACGAAGCUAGCGCCGAGCUCACUCCGCUUUCCCGCGCUUAAUUGUUACCAGUAGCGACGGAACCCUAGUUUUCUCAAGAAGAAAGAGAGGAAAAUGGAGAGAGAAGAAGACGACUCGGUGAGCGAGGUUCUCAGAGAUCGAUUCAGACUCUCCACCAUCUCUAUCGCCGAAGCCGAAGCGAAGAGAAGCGGCAUGGAGAUAUCGGAACCCGUGGUGGCUUGCAUUUCCGACUUGGCCUUCAAAUUUACUGAACAAUUGGCAAAGGACCUGGAGUUAUUUACUCAACACGCUGGUCGUAAAUCUGCAAAUAUGGAAGAUGUCAUACUUUGUGCACAUAGAAAUGAACAUCUGGCUGCCUUGUUGAGGUCCUACCGUGAUGAUCUGAAAGCUAAAGAACCUCAGUCUGACAGGAAGAGGAAGAAAGCAUCAAAGAAGGAUGACAGAGCACCUGAAGAUAUAGUCCAUGUUCCAGAUAUCUAGCUCAAUAUGUCUAUGUGACUCUGUCGUAAUUUGAUGACUAAAGGCUAAAGGACUCACAUGGGACAUUACACAUUAGUCGAGGUCUUGCAAUUCAUGUUGUGUAAGCAAGCUGCACCUUUCUGAUCUUUUAGUAAAUAGUCUGCAUUGUAUUGACUUGCUGAUAAAGUUCGAGUACAUGCAUGUGAAAGAUCAAAUCCAGUUCAGAUUACAGUACUGAAA